GGAAAGCUCCCCAGUACUCUACGAACGCUCAAGCCGACCAUGUUCAAGUUGCUAGUGCUGUGUGCUUUUGUUGCCGGUGGCGCGAUGGCUAUCGGCGAUGUGUCCAAGAUGGCGCAUCCCAACGCCCGCAUUACCGGUGGUGAACUGACCGAUCCGCGUGCCGUACCGUUCAUCGUAGGCAUUCUUAUAUCCGGCUCAUCGGCCCAUUCGUUCUGUGCCGGUAUUCUGAUUUCGCCAACGCAUGUCCUCACAACGGCCAGCUGUGUGUCGAACCAACCAACCCUCACAGUACUGCUGGGCGCUAGCGACAUGACACGCAUCCAACAGUUUAUCGGUGUGGCGAGCAUACUGGUCCAUCCCAACUACAGCUCGUUGCUGAACCGUGAUGAUGUUGCGAUACUGACUUUGGAUCGUCCUACUCCACUGAACGAAUACAUCCAGCUUGCUAAUCUGCCCCGUUGGUCGCACAUGGGCAACUCCUUCAACGGAUUCGGAACCACGAUAAGUGGCUGGGGAAACACCGGAAACCGGGACAAUGAGCCCAUCCCGGUUCCGAACCUCCAGUCCAUCCGAACUCCGGUGAUCAGUAACACCGUUUGCGGAUUGUCGCACAGCUUCAUCCGUGAUGAUCAUAUCUGCACUUCGGGAGAUGUUGGAGGUCCUUGCAAUGGUGACGAUGGAGGUCCGGUAACGAUAACGGAGGCCGGUGAGCCGAUCGUCAUCGGAAUGCACUCGUUCCACUACAGCGGACUGUUCGGGUGUGAUCGUGGCCGGUCCGCAGUGCAUGUGCGGCUUAGCAGUUAUCUCAGCUGGAUCGAAGCCAACUCGGACGCGGUAAUCAGAUCGUAAACGGUAAACCCACACCGAAGAUAGAGCUCUGUCGUCUACGUGGGGGACGAUGGUAAUUGCCGUACGUCAUUGCAGCUCCCAUAAUCCGCAGGACCCGGACUGUGUACACACGUUGAUCCUUUAUCUUAUCCGUUUUGGCAAUAAAUGAAAUCCGCAACGGGGCAAAAAACAAA